CUGUUACAUUUCAGCCAAUCAGAGGAGACGUCGCUCUUGAAGUCCAAAUUCAAAAGUGAUAGCUGCUGCCGUUAGCUGACUAUUUUGCUAGCCUGGUUUUCAACACUGUGACGGAACUUCUAAACUAACCUUCUUUGUUUUUCGAAACAUGGAGCCAAUGAAGGAAGAUUUAAAAAUGUACUUUUACGAGAACAGAAUCGCUACUUAUUCAGGGUGGCCGUUUGAUGAGGACUGCGCGUGCACGUCGGAAAAUAUGGCCAAAGCUGGUUUUAUCCACACACCCACUGACAACAGUCCGGAUGUGGCCCAGUGCUUCUUCUGCUAUAAAGAGCUGGAGGGCUGGGAGCCUGAGGAUGAUCCUCUCAAGGAACACAAGUCUCACUCUCCAACUUGCAAUUUCAUUCUGCUGAAAAAGGCAGUGGAGGAGCUCACAGUGGAGGAGAUUCUGAAGCUGCAGAAAGAGAGGCAGAAGUUCCACAUUAAAAUGGCCUGCAAACAAGUAAUUGAGAAGUUUGAGGAAGCAGCAAAAUCAAGAAGAGGCGACAUUAUCAAACUAGCCAUGGAAGGCUAAAUGGCGUUUGUCUUUUCCUUGUAUGCUUGGAAAGGACGUGGUCCAAAGCUGCGCUACCAUCCUUGUAUAUACUGAAUGGCAUUAUUCUUUAACCUCUUUAAUGCAGUUUUAUAUCAACUUCUCAUGAUCACACAGGUAGAUUCAUAGAACCUGGCUGAUUUCCUUCUCUAUAUUCGUGAUGUUGCAUGGAUAAUACAGCUAGAUGCUGUAACUGGAAUUGAACAAUCCCUUAAAUUCCCUUAAGUUUAAAAGUGUUGUCUAUUAAUAGUCUAUACAACUCCAUGUUGCAUGUUUUCCAGGUCUGUAAUGAAUACUGCUACAUGACUUGUCAUAUUGUUCUGUUGUACCAAUUCUCCAAGAUGUAAUCUGAUUUUUACGAGAGUGUCUUUCAAAAGUUUUACGAUUGUCAUAUGGUAGCACUUCAGUACAUUUGCACUACUUAUUUGUUUAGUUUUUUUUCUGUGAUUGCAGUAUUGUUGUCAA